CUCUGAACUCAUUUUCCAAUCCUUUGGUAAACACACUGGCCUCACCGACGAAGCUACUUUGGUCAAAUUGGUGAAGUUGCCGCGUAGUUUUCUUCCCAUUUCCAUGCCUCCAAAUGAAGCAGCUCGAGUCGCCUUGUGGGCCAAGACGUGGAAAGGCUGACGCGGCCACUAGAGUCAUGUAGUCAAAAUAUCGCAGAAUGGUGGCCUUGAAUUCUUCCUCUUUGAAUUCUCAAAAAAUGGCGAUGAUUGCUAACUAUCAGGUAGAGAUAGAGCAGAAAAGAGAGUAGGCUCAGCGUGUUUUUCCUUUCUCGAUGGGGUUGACUCCUGCAGGAAAGCAUCAAAGAGGAGCUAGUGGUAGAAUCAGCAAACUAUGGCUGCCUCUUGUGUGCUUUGCAAGCUUCUGUUUUGGUGCUCUAAUUUCCAACUGGAUCUUAAAAUUUCCAGAUCCAAUUAAGAGACAUGAAACAACUAUAUUAUCUCUGACAGAUUAUGGAGUGAGGGACGUCACAGUUGCGGCAGACUGCAAAAAUAAGAAUAAGGAAGCUUCUACCCGUGCUGGUGACAUCCUUAGUCAGGUUUCAAACACGCAUGACAUAAUCAUGACUUUGGAGAGAACAAUUUCCACAUUGGAGAUGCAACUAGCUUCUUCUAGGGCCUCGCAGGCAAGCACUCUAAAUGGAUCCCAUGCUGUUAGGGACCUACGAGAUGAAACUCCAAAAGAGCAUCCAAAGAUAUUCUUUGUAAUGGGAAUCAUGACAACUUUCAGUAGCCGCAAGCGUCGAGAUUCUAUCAGGCAUACAUGGAUGCCAGAAGGAGUCAAACUUAAACAACUAGAGAAAGAAAAAGGAAUUGUCAUACGGUUUGUUAUUGGCCGCAGUGCAACCCCUGGGGGUGUUCUUGAUCUUGCUAUCGAUGCAGAGGAUGAGCAGCAUCAUGAUUUUCUGAGAUUGAACCAUGUAGAAGGUUAUCGUAAGUUGUCUUCAAAAACUCUUGCGUACUUUUCAACAGCGGUAGCAAAAUGGGAUGCUGAUUUCUUCAUCAAAGUGGAUGAUGAUGUACAUGUCAAUCCAGGCAUGAUAGCCUCUAUUCUGUCACAGCACCGGUCAAAACGGCAUGUGUACAUAGGCUGCAUGAAGUCAGAGCCUGUUCUUUCACAAAAGGGGGUUAAAUAUCAUGAACCAGAAUUCUGGAAAUUUGGUGAAGUAGGAAACAAAUAUUUCAGACAUGCAGUUGGCCAGUUGUAUGCAAUCUCAAAAGAUUUAGCAACCUACAUAUCUAUCAACCGGCGUAUGUUACAUAAAUAUGCAAAUGAAGACGUGUCUGUUGGUUCUUGGCUUAUUGGUCUUGAUGUGGAGCAGAUUGAUGAACAGAACCUCUGUUGUGGAACACCACCAGAUUGCGAGUGGAAGGCCAAAGCUGGAAAUCCUUGUGGCGCUUCCUUCGAUUGGACCUGUAGCGGUAUUUGCAAGUCUGUAAAGAGAAUGAAGGAGGUGCAUGAACGUUGUGGUGAAGGUGAACGAGCCAUCUGGAACACCACUGUCUGAAAGAAAUCUGCUUAUCAAUGUCUGUACAUAAAGUGUGUUCAUCAUAAAAGCCAUAAUUGUUCUCAUUUUGAGAAUUCCAGCCUUCAUGAGGCUAUCUAUGUAUGGGCACCUCAUAUUCCUUCUGUUCUUUUCACCACCUUUGUCAAGCUGUCUCUUUUUGUGGCGACUGCUGGAGUACAGACGUGUAACGAGUUGAGGUUCAUUUGAUUCAUUCAGUGUCCUUUUCCUCUAUAUAGAACACUAUAUCAAGUCGAUUUACUCAUUCUUAUUUAUUUUUA